AACACAUGCAGAGUUACUCUACUGUACUAGCUGUACCAGAGCUACACUAUGGCGCUGUGAAGAGAGUGAGCUCCACUCCACCAUGCAAUCCACCAUGAACUUCAAUGGGCUCCUGCGACAGGGCAGCCAGGACAGUUACAUUAUGGAGGGCUCUCUGAGGAAGAAGGGUCAUCUAUGGUAUCGGCGCUCUCUGAGGGGACACCAUGACAAACCCAGUCAGAAUGGGGGGACUACUCCCGGGACUCUGCCAAGAGGCUGGAAACAGUCCAACAGAACCCGCUCAAACUCCUUGGUGGAUUACUGUGACCCUCAGAGGACUACUGUUAUAAUGCAAAAACAAGACAAUGAGACGUUUGGAUUUGAAAUUCAGACAUAUGGUGUACAGCUGAAGAACAGCACUGCGGUGGAGAUGUGCACAUUUGUGUGCAAGGUGCAGGACGACAGCUCGGCUGAGAGUGCAGGCCUGACCACCGGUGAUGUUAUCGUCACCAUCAAUGGGGUCAGCAUUGAGGGCUUGAGCCAUCAGCACAUCGUUGACCUGAUUCGAAAAUCCACCAACUUUCUACAGAUGGAGACGGUGUGUGGGACGGUGGUGAAGAGGAUUGAGCUGGAAAAGAAGAUGAGCUUGCUCAAGCAUACCCUGGGAGAGAAAUGGGUGGAGUUGCAAGCGCUCACAUUACAGGAAAAACGCCUUACGCGAGGUAACCUGAAUGACAGUUCUCUACACCCCUCUAUGGACUCCCUGAUGUCUCUACUGUCUCCGUCUGGACACAGUGACCACUGUGGCCACCGUUUCUCCAGUGACAGUAGCUGCCGGAGUGGGAUGACAGAGGACAGUGACCUGGCCAGUGUGUUUGGGGACCUGAGCUCUCCCAGCCCCUGCAAUGUGGCCAGUCCAGAUGAUAGCUGCUUCUUCUCCACAGACUUCCCCCAGGAAAUGCCCAGGGCCCCGGCCAGCCUCAGCCGUCCCCACAGCGAUAGCCUGGCUGGCAGCAGUGGCUCCCUCUCCUCCCCUUCUUGGGACCCCUCCAGAGCCUCCUCCUCCCUGUUCGGGACACUCCCCAGGAAGGCUAGGAGAGCCAGCGUCCGCAAACACAUCCUGAAGUUCAUCCCUGGAUUCAACCACUCAGUGGAGGAGGAGGACACCUGACCUGAGCUAUGAACGAACACUUCAGUAGGUCUGUGUCUGAUGUGAUGUUCAAUACAAACAUUUCCUGCUGGGACUGAAGCAUUGCCAAUAUGGACACCGUGCCCCUGGCUCAGGAGUAGCCACUCAAUUAACAUUAUUGGGAUGAGAAGCAUUAGGAGGUAAAGAGAAAUCUCCCUUUGACAAAGGCCUUCAGUUAUCUAUAGAUACUGUAUACGCGAUGGACUGCUUAUGUGGCUGACUGGCUGUUGCACAAUUUCCAUAAUGAGAAAACAGCAUUAAUCCUUAUAACGGUAACAAUUAUUUGUAAUAUAGAACACGGGGACUCCAUGUGUGGGCAGACAUGGCAACAAAGAUUGUGCUUGCCAUUUCUAAAAAUGUUACCAUUGUAUGAAGGGUGAUAACUAUGCAUGAAAAGCCAUGAUGUCCCUGAAUUCAAUAUUUUGCUUGUAUAUAACUUGAAGUGUUAUGCUUUGCAUAUUUGAUACAUUUUAUUUUAAUUUCACCUUUAUUUAACCAGGUACAUACAUGCAAUGAAAGAAUUUACCAGCAACAGUUUGUCACCUAAAAAAAGUGUGAGGUCUUAACCAGGUAGCUAACUUCAUAGUUCAAAACAGGAUGUGGGCAGAGAAGGAGCUACUUUCGUACCCGUACCCAAGUUUCAGGUUAUCUACAACUUACUUUCAGUCUUGAUAGUUAUACUACAAAUAAGAACCGUCUUUGCUCUAAUUCAUGGUAUUUUAACAGAGUGCCGUGGAAUGUUACUCAACUGUUUUGAAUGUAUGCUUGAUGUGUGCCAUUUGCUGCUUUCAUUGAGAUUCAAAAAGACGUGUUUGAAAUUCCCUGAAGACAAGUGACUGUAAAGUUUUACACAAAUAAAAAAACGGUAUAUAGUGA